GCCCCACUGGCUUUGUGCGCCGUUCCUCGCAACUCAACAACAAAAUAAAUUAAUAACCAACGUGUUUUGGCCUAAUUCCUCACCAAAGUAACAAGCAAUAGAACACACAGAUCGAAAUGGCGCAAACUAUACAGAUGACCCAGGAACAGCUACAAGAGCUCAUCGCAGCCGUGCGCGCUUCCAGCGUGGGUGGCGUUGCCGCCGGAGCGGAGGGAGCUGUACCCAAGGCCAACGGCAGCUUCGCUGCCUGCAACCAUCGCUUUGGCGGAACACGCGAUUACGAUGAGGUCGAGAUGUUCAUUUCCAACAUUGUCACCUACAAAGAGCUGGAGUGCAUCAGCGACGAGAACGCUGUGAAGGGGGUGUCCCUGUUGUUCUACGGAAUGGCGUCCACCUGGUGGCAGGGCGUGCGAAAGGAGGUUGUCACCUGGAACGACGUCAUCGGGCUGAUCCGCGAGCACUUCUCGCCCACCAAGCCCGCCUACCAGGUGUACAUGGACAUCUUCCAGCUGAAGCAGGCGGAUUUUGAUCCCAUCGAUUCCUUCCUGGUCCACAAGCGCGCCCUGCUUGCCCAGCUGCCAGCCGAUCGCCACGACGAGGAGACCGAGAUAGACUUCCUAUAUGGCCUGCUGAACAUCAAGUACCGCAAACACAUCACCCGCCAGAGCGUGAAGACGUUCAAGGAACUGCUGGAGCAGGGCCGCAUCAUCGAACACAACACCCAGGAGGACGAAGAUCUGGCGGCGACCAAGAACACACGCGGCUCCCGCCGCACCACCCGCUGCACCUACUGCAACUUCAGGGGACACACGUUCGAGGCUUGUCGCAAGCGCAAGAAGACUCGCGAAGAGGAACACGACGAGGAAUAAGCCAAGCAACACAUGCAUUUUUGUGGGGGCGACGACGGCAUGAACAUCAUCACCGGCAGCAGCAUUCCGCCCCCACCCCCGCACACCAGAGAACUUUUCACCGCCUCGCUGGCCGCCCUGCGCUCUGAGAGUGCCAUCAUGGCCCAACAUCAGUGAUAGCGAAGGAAAAGAAGAAGUUUCAAAAGUAGAGAAAGCUCUUUACCAAUUCAACUCUUUAACUAUCACACAUACUAAAGCACACACACACACUCUCAAUCAAACGGCGUGCCGGUAAGCAGAGGAAAGCUUCUCUCCCUCUCUCUAAACCAUUCCGCUAUUUUUGUGAGGGGUUGGCUCUUUUAGCGAUUGCGGCCGACAACUGGUGGCCACUGCAAUUCCUUCUAGGGCUUUUCCCAAUCAUGGAUGGCGCUGACCUAGAACUUUCACUUUCACGCUGCCCUGCGGCUAUUUUGGCGCCGAACGCCAACUCUUGAACUCUCGAAAUUUAUUUCGAACACUCGUUUUUUAAACCACAAACUAGAAGAACUAUCGAGCACUGCCAGGGAAGGAUGGGAGAGGAUCCCACAUUUCGUCUGGAGUUUGGAAGCUUUGAAUCGCAGAUGUAAUUCAUGGCCAAACGCUAGUUGGAUGUCCAAGGCGAAAGCCCUGAGCAUCUACACCUGGCUUUAGCUCUGCAAUUGCAACGCGACCGAAGCCCCGAAUAGAUGUUGCGCGAUCCGAUCUUGUCCCCCUCUGGUAGAGCUCAACAACCGCCGCCUUGACCUUGUGCCUGUCAGCGAAGAUGUAACGUAUACGUGGCGCAAAUGGUGACCAAUGUAUUCACCACACUGCAGUGGUCACCGUUUUAGCCGUUGUUUGCGUUGCUUUGGGUCUGUGCUUGGUCCUUGGUGAAGGUGGCAAAAAACCCCCCGCCCUGUGAAUGCUCGCUUAGAUCCUUUUGCACGUGGCUGUCGCUAGCCCAGGGCAGCAACUCCGUGCUGAACGUGGCCUCGGCUGCGUCUGGUAUGUGGUUGUUGCCAAAGGCGAUGCUUCUGGUGCGACAGGAGCUUACAGCGGGCACGAUCUGGGCAAAACCACAAAUUUCUCCGGAAAUUUGAAACCAAAUCAAUUUUUUGACAUUGUCAGAAUAUGAUCAACUUUGUACAUCGCACUACGAUGGCUCCCGAUUCGCCAUUCGUGCGGUUGGCACGCCAAAUUGCCAAAUUCGGGAUUACGGGUUCUGGGCUCUAACCCCUGUGAUCCCGCGGCAAGCAUUUAGGCACGUCAUUCCCAUUCACACACACACGCGAACUGGGUCUCGUCGUUACCGCGUAUCUCCGGCCGGCACCGACUCUCCCAGUUCCACAAUCCUUGAAAACCAGACACUUGUGCAGAAUCCACAGGCGCGAAGUGACAAUAUGGUGGCCAAACUUGUGGGCACGCCAAUUAUUGGGGCAUUGCCUUGAGCGCUCCACGAGACUAGCUCGCAUUCCUCAAGGGACGGGUUAAUUUCAAUAGCAUUAAACUUUUAACAAAAGCUGGGGGCCUGUUGACGACCACAAGUGUCUGAUUCGAAAGCAAGAAAAUAUAAAUUGUAAAACACAAGACUGAAACCAGAAAACACUAAACUCAAAACUACAAAACCACA